AUGACCCUACGCGACUGUGUGUUAUUCGUCAAAGGCUCGCUAGAUGCAUUCGAGAACACGGCAGAUAUUCGCAUAGCAGACCUGGACUUCAAGCAUGCUCAUCCAGACAAGGCUGAGAAGUGGAUGAGCACCGAGAGAAUACUCAUAGACCAAGGCUGGUACACAAGCACUGAGAUCGACGAAGGACCUGACUCAACGUGUCUGCUUACUCGAAGGUCGACUUGA